CGCAGCAACUUGUUGUAGCUUGGCUCAUCAAACAGUGAAUUCUCUGGGAGGAUUAAAAUCCUCCUGCAUCCGAGCGCUAGUGCAACCAGUGCAUUGGUCUUGCAGUGACCCAGGCCGGGCGGUAAAGUUGGCCCCUACCCGUCGAUGCAGCAGUGAGUGCGAAAAGCGAUGUGGAAAUAUGUUUCCCGUCGUAUACGCGAUGUGUACGACAAGACCGCAAAUGUACUAGAGGUACGCCGCACCUGGAACUGCGGCCAAGGGGAGCGAUUCUGCGCCGACAAACUCUCGGAGGAGGAUGUUGGCGCCGGUGAGGACAACGGAGCGAAUGGAAGGCGCUACUGUUUGUUGCAGGUUGCCCGGCCUAAUCAGCUGGGCAGCGGGUCGCAAAAGGAGUACGGUACCGGGUCGAAUAGCAGCGAGCGGGAAGGCUUCAAGCGGAAGGAUUACCACCAUCCGCAUUUCGAGCAUUCGUGGCUCGGGGCAAUAACAUGGACCAGUGCCAUUAUCUGUGGAUGGUAUACAAGCCAGUUGUUAUGCCUUUAUCGUCGGACCCAGCAGUUGGAUCAGCCCUCCGGUCGCUGCGUUCCCACGCAGCUUCUUCGAGCCGCAUCCGAGCGUGGUAGGCUUUCGGCGAUUCACUGUGAGGCACUUUCACAGUACUUCGGGCUAAGACCUGCUGGUAACUUUCCAUCCAUACGUCACGCACCGUCCAACGACGCGGAUACACUAUACGUCGACGAGAAUCCGAAGAGCAACGCCCUCUUAUCGUCAUUGGUCCCAUUCGUGCCCUUCCGUGAGCAGGAUUUUGUGGACUACACCGACCGCAACCGAGUCGAUGUGAGGAACUUCGUGUUCCACAUCAACAAUGAUCGAAAACCCACCAUAGUUCCCCGGCCAACCGAAUCGUCGUCCUCCGUUGCGACUGAGUUGCACCUGGUCAACGAACCUUCUUCCCCCGAAGUUCCCAAAGAAUCGGAAACUGUCGAUGGUGCAUUCAAAAAUUUGCUCUCCGUUCUGGGAGAGAUUGAAUUUCAAUUGGGGCGCCGCAAUUUAGAACUGGGCGAAUAUUCUGCGGCCGUGUCUCACCUGAAGCUUGGCGCCAGUCAUCAGCAUGCCGGGGCAGCGUUCAAUCUGGGUAUAUGCUACGAGCAGGGAUAUGGCAUGCCGAAGGAUAUGCGUAUGGCACUGGAAUGCUACCAGCUUGCCGCCGACCAGGGUCACCCGCAGGCAAUGUACAAUUUGGGCGUAUUCUAUGCCCAAGGACUCGCCGGUCUACGUCCGAGUCGUUCAACGGCGAAAAAGUACUUUGUAGCGGCGGCCGAGCUUGGCCUAGAGGAAGCAAUUGCUGCCCUCGGACCAAAGUACCGACCGAGCCGGAAGGAAUCCUUUGCAUCCAACGAAAUCCACGAGCACCAGUCGGGUACAGAGAUUUUGCCCUCGGCCUAUUUUUCGCUCUACAACGUGGAUCAGUUUCAUGCGCAAAAAUACACCGGAGAACGAUCGAAUGUGCAGCUUCAGCUUACCUCCGCUAGAGCAUAGACUAGCCAUCUGGUGCUAGGAAUCCCAAUGCAAUGCAUGCAAUCCCGGCUAGUAGAAUCAGUAUCCUUUUGCCAUUUAAUGAGUGUGUUGGUUUCCCAAAUCCCUUCUUUAGCUACCAUUUAAUGCUUGAUAUCGUUUCUAACGUAAAUGAAAUGCCAUUCGCAUGUAGACGAGACAUGUUUUGUCAGGUUUUGCUUUGUCUACGAAACGUUAGAUUUGUUUUAUGGUUUUCAUGGUAGCUAACAAUCCGUUUAUUGUGGUGUUCGGGUUUUAUCAUCAUUAUUGUGCUAUUGCUGGAUCAGAGAUCAUUGAAUGAAAGUUAAUAAACAUAACCAAAACUAACCUGUG